AUGGUGAAGAUUUGCUGUUCUCUCCUCCUGUUAAGUUUGCUGAGUGUGCAGCUAAAAGCCAACCCUGGACUCAAAGUGAGAAUCACUCAGAAUGCCUUGGAGUAUGCCAAGAAGGUUGGGCUAGAGAUCCUGAAGAAGAAUAUGGAGAAGGAACAAUUCCCUGAUUUGACAGGCUAUGAGAGAUUUGGGCUUGGUAAUGUCAACUACAACAUCUCAAGAAUAAGAGUCACUGCUGUUGAAUUCCCCAACGUUUCCAUCUCCCUCAUACCCAGGAGUGGGAUAAAACUGGUGAUUAGAAACGCUUCUCUCACCAUCGAUAUGAACUGGAAUAUAAGGACCUGGAUGUUCAAAGACGGUGGAAGAAGCACAGUGCACAUUUCCAAGGUGUUUGUUACUGCAGUCUUUUCAACACCCCUGGAUAGUAUGGGUCGUACUUCAGUGUCACUUAACAGCUGUCAUACGACUUCUGGUGAUACAGACAUCAAGUUGAAUGGAAAAAGUGGCUUCCUGCACGAUUUCUUUAUCAAAUAUCUGAAGAAACCCAUUCACAGGAACUUGGCCACUAAUUCUUGUCCCAACAUCAGAUCUGGGAUCCAGCUGAUAGCUAAGGACCUCCAAUCACUGAAUGUCCCAGUGCGAAUUGAUGAUUUGGCUGAAAUUGACUACUCCUUAAACAGCUUGGAAGUAUUCCGACCAUACAUUGACAUGGACUUAAAGGGGAUGGUCUACCCAGCUGGAAAUUAUACUGGCCCUCCUUAUGUGGCAACUCCCAUUGCUAUCCCGGACCAAAGUGACUCCAUGCUCUACCUUGCCUUCUCCAAGUAUUUCUUUCAGACAUCCUUAUUUUCUUACUACACAGCAGGGGCCUUCAACAUCACCAUUGCAAAGGAAGCUUGCAGAUAUUUAAAUAUAAGCACUGAGAUGUUUGGUAAUAUCAUCCCCAAGAUAGCCAAAUACUCAACUAUACCGUAUCCAGUUAUGAUGAAGCUAAUGGCCACUGAAAUACCUCUCAUCAGCUUGCAGCAGGAUUCUUUUACUCUAGAGAUUCAGGAAUCCAUGGAGGUGUUUGCUGUUCUGCCAGACUCAACCACUCAGUCACUGUUCACAGUGAAUAUAGCAGCCAACACCAGCAUUGCUCUGAAUGUCUUUGACCAGAAACUCACAGGCUCAUUAUGUCUGAACAGGCUCCAGUUCUCCCUCGCCCAUUCCAAUGUUGGCUCUUUUGAGAUCUCAUUUCUGGAGAACAUCCUGUCUUAUAUUUUACAAACUGAAGUAAUUCCAUCAGCCAAUGCUAAACUAUCCAAAGGAUUCCCUCUUCCCAAUUUGGCCAAUGUUACCUUCAUAAGACCUCGUAUUACAAUCGCACAGGGAUAUGUGUUGAUUUCUACCGAUGCUCACUACAAGCACUGA